CUCUGAAUGACUAUAAAAGCACAACACGGUGCUCGUUAUUGUGGAAGAUGUCCAUUGCAAAGUUAGUGUUGAGAGAUCUGGAUCUGACAGCCAUGUGGUCAAGGACACGGGCUGUUAGUAAAUAUAUAGGUGUAACUUCUAAUUUACUGAGAAUACCCAGUAGAAAUUAUGCAGAUGCUUCUGCAACGGCCAUGCAAACUAUUAACGUGAAGAAAAGAAUUGAAAACACCCGGGCGAAAGCUUUGGAAGGAGGAGGCAAACGACGGAUCGAUAAUCAACAUAAAAAGGGUAAAUUAACAGCUCGUCAAAGAAUCCACGUCUUACUUGAUCCUGGUUCUUUUGUGGAAUAUGAUCAGUUUUUGGAGCAUAGCUGUAUCGACUUUGGAAUGGAGAAGGAAAAGUAUCCUGGUGACAGUGUUAUUACAGGUAGAGGGAAAAUAUUUGGUCAACAAGUAUUUAUAUUUAGCCAGGACUUUACAGUAUUUGGAGGCAGCUUAUCUGGGGCUCAUGCCAAAAAGGUUUGUAAGAUAAUGGACCAAGCUAUGUUAGUUGGCGCUCCAGUAAUUGGUCUUAAUGAUUCCGGUGGAGCUAGAAUUCAGGAGGGAGUUGAGUCCCUUGCUGGUUAUGCUGAUAUUUUUCAGAGAAAUGUGAUGGCAUCAGGUGUUAUCCCACAGAUAUCAGUUAUCAUGGGACCUUGUGCUGGUGGUGCUGUUUAUUCACCAGCUUUGACGGAUUUUACAUUCAUGGUUAAGGAUACAUCUUACCUCUUCAUUACUGGACCUGAUGUUGUAAAGUCUGUGACGAAUGAAGAUGUUACCCAAGAGGAACUUGGUGGUGCUAAAACUCAUACAACAGUAUCAGGUGUUGCCCAUCUUGCAUUUGAAAAUGAUGUUGUUGCCCUGAGAGAGUUAAGAAAUUUCAUGAACUUCUUGCCACCCAGCAACUUGAAACCUUCUCCUAUCCGCAAAUGUGACGAUUCUCCAGACCGACUUGUCAAAGGCCUCAAUACAGUUGUACCACUUGAAUCUACAGCAGCCUAUGAUAUCAAGGAUGUCAUUCUGGGAAUUAUCGAUGAACAGGAUUUUUUUGAGAUUAUGCCAAAUUAUGCCAAAAACAUUGUUGUGGGAUUUGCAAGGAUGAAUGGAAGAACAGUUGGGUAUGUUGCUAAUCAGCCCAAGGUGGCAGCAGGUUGUUUGGACAUAAAUGCAUCUGUGAAAGGAGCUCGUUUUGUUCGCUUCUGCGAUGCCUUUAACAUUCCUCUAAUCACAUUGGUAGAUGUCCCUGGAUUUCUUCCCGGCACAAGUCAAGAAUAUGGUGGAAUAAUUCGUCAUGGAGCAAAGCUUCUUUAUGCUUUUGCUGAAGCAACCGUUCCUAAAGUAACUGUGAUCACCCGAAAGGCCUAUGGAGGAGCUUAUGAUGUGAUGAGCUCUAAACAUUUGCGAGGAGAUAUGAACUAUGCUUGGCCAACAGCUGAAGUUGCCGUGAUGGGAGCAAAGGGUGCCGUCAAGAUUAUAUUCCGUGGUGAAGAUAAUCAAGCUAACGAAGCAGAAUAUGUGGAUAAGUUUGCUAAUCCUUUCCCAGCAGCUUCUAGAGGUUUCGUUGAUGACAUCAUAGAACCAAACACCACUCGUCGCCGAAUCUGUCAAGAUUUGGAAAUGUUGUCCAACAAGAAAGUCAGCAAUCCUUGGAAGAAGCAUGCAAAUAUACCUUUAUAAGACUGUUUGUGGACUUUUCAAUAACGGUCAGAUCCUCUAAUCAACAUUUUCCAAUUUCAUGCAGUUUUUUGGGGGUCUGCCUUGAUUUGGUCUUAGACAUUCUCAAAACAUAUCAGCAAUGUGUGUUAUAUUCCUGCAAAUUCUUUAUAGGACUGCUGAGACAAUUUUCACAAUAUUGCAAGCAACAAAAAAACAACUUAGUGUUACUGUGUUAAGUUAUAGGUACAAGGGUAAAUUGUUGUUGUUAAGGGCAAAAACAGAAAAAAAUCUCAAAGGGAAAGUAAUUUGAUGGUGGGGGUCAUAUUGUUUGACUUAUUGUGUAAGUUAGACACCAUUAUCAUCAUCUCUUAUUUGUUUGUGAUUUGACUGCAGCCACACCAGGUAGUUGAAAAAUUAACUCCAGUAUUUACUGUUGGUCUCUUUUGUUGAAUCACUAAGUUUUAGGGACAUAAAUAAACUAACACCAGUUGUCAAGCAUUGGUGGGGAGCAAACACACACACACACUAGGCUUCUAUACAGUUUCCAUCUACUGAAUUUAUUUCCCAAGGCAUUGAGUGGUCUGGGGCUUUAGUGGACACUUGCCCGCCCAAGGUGCCACGCAGUGGGACUAAAUUUGUUAAGAUGUGGUUCCAAAGUGAGCUUGUUAACCACAUAGCCAUGCCUUAUCGAGUGACAUGACAAAAAAAUCCAGCAAACAACUCUUCCUUCUACUCUGUUAAUACCUUACAAGACUUUGACAUCAUUUAAAGAAUAGUUCUGAGAGAACUAACAGAUGUUAUUGUUAGAACUAUGAUAGUAGGGAAACAUAAGUAUCUAAUGAUGCACCGGUGAUAGUUGUACUACUACUAAUAAUAAUGGUUUGGAAUUUUUGGAGAAGGGGAUUAAGUCAAACACAUCAACUCCAAUGUAUAACUGGUACUUGUUUCAUCGACCGAUGAAAGGCAAAGUUGGCCUCGGGGGCGGAAUUUCAACUUGGAAUGUAGCGACGGGUGAAAUACUACUUAGCAUUUCAUCCAGAGCGCUAACGAUUGUGUCAGCUCGCUGCUUUAAUAAUAAUAAACAGAAUCUGUAAUGAAAAACUAGGAAAUUAGAAAACGCUUGGAAAGCUAUUUUUCAAAAAAAAAAAAAAAAAACAAAUUUAGUUUUAAUAAUAGCUUGCAGAUGUAAGUAAUUUUACAAUUUUCUUUUUUUAACCAAGUUUUUCUAUGUAAUUAUAAUACAGUUGCAAUGAAAUGUUUGACUAACUCUAUUUUUUUUUUUCUCAUUUAAUAAACAAAUUUUCUUUUCUA